GCGGCGCCUCAGUCGGUGCGGGGCGGGCGGAGGCGGCGGGUGGGGAGCGGAGCGGGAGGAGGCGGCGGCGGAGCGUGAUGGGCGCCUGACGCCCGGCCCGUCCCGCCGCCGAGGGACGAUGGCGCGGCCCCGCGGCGGGCGGUGGCUGCUGGGUGUCCUGCUGGCCCUGUGCCGCCUCGCCGCGCCGCUCGCCAAGAGCCUGGAGCCGGUGUCGUGGAGCUCCGCGAACCCCAAAUUCAUGACUGGGAAGGGGCUGGUCAUCUACCCAGAGAUUGGGGAUAAACUGGACAUUAUCUGCCCCAAAGCGGAGCCGUCCAAGCCUUACGAGUACUACAAACUGUACCUGGUGAGGAAGGAGCAGGCGGAUGCCUGCAGCACUGUCAUGGACCCCAACGUGCUGGUGACGUGCAACCGGCCCGAGCAGGAGAUCCGCUUCACCAUCAAGUUCCAGGAGUUCAGCCCCAACUACAUGGGCCUGGAAUUCAAGCGGCAACAGGAUUACUUCAUCACAUCCACUUCCAAUGGCACGCUGGAUGGCCUGGAGAACCGGGAAGGAGGGGUCUGCCAGACACGCUCCAUGAAGAUUGUCAUGAAAGUGGGGCAGGAUCCAAACGCGGUGAUCCCAGAGCAGCUGACGACGAGUCGGCCGAGCAAGGAGUCGGAUGACACCGUGAAGGUCGUCACGCAGAGCCCGCGCAGCAAGGUCCCGGCGGUGGAGGAGCCUGGCAAGCCAGGCUCUGUCAACCAGGACGGCCAGGAGACGCAAGGUCCCAGCGAUGGCUUCCUGAGCUCCAAGGUGGCCGUGUUUGCAGCCAUCGGCGCCGGCUGCGUCAUCUUCAUCCUCAUCAUCAUCUUCCUCGUUGUGCUCCUGAUCAAGAUCCGCAAGCGGCACCGGAAGCACACGCAGCAGCGAGCCGCAGCCUUGUCCCUCAGCACCUUGGCCAGCCCCAAAUGCAGCGGGAACGCGGGCUCGGAGCCCAGCGACAUCAUCAUCCCCUUACGGACUACAGAGAACAACUACUGCCCGCACUACGAGAAGGUGAGCGGGGACUACGGGCACCCCGUCUACAUCGUGCAGGAGAUGCCCCCGCAGAGCCCAGCCAACAUUUACUACAAGGUGUGAGGAGCAGCCUGGGAACGGCCGAUGCAGCAGCGCGGGAGCGCCGGGCGCGGGGCUGGCGCCGCAGGGAGGAAGCGAAACGCCCCCCCCGGCACGGCGCGGGCAGCGCCGGGAGCGGCGCCGGGGAGCGGAGGGCUCAACGCUCACGUGCUGAUUCUCCCCUUUGUAUUUAGUUUUGUAGUUCUCAGCUUUUGUAAUCCCGAGACUCUGAGGGUGAGCCUUCAGCCUCCUCCUCUUCUUCUCCAGACUGUGGCCGGCUGUGGCGGGGGCGGGUGCCGUGCCUUUCCAUGCUCGGGACACCGCUGGCAAACCCGGAGACUCCACCAUCCCUUUGUGGUUUGGGAUUUCCCCGUGUCACCCCUCGGGCCCUGCAGGAAGUGCCCGCCAGCGCCGUGGGGUCCCGGAGCCUGGAGCGACGCAGGGGCCUCGGUCCCAGGAGCAGCAAGCACACAGGGGGAUGAGGAGGAGGAUGCUUUGCCAAGGUGCCAAGAUGCAGACAACUGUGCAGGGAGGAAGCUGGCAAACCCGAUUUACUACUACUACUAUUAUUAUUAUUAUAAUUAUUUUAAUUUUUUUGUAACAUUUUUAUUUUUGUGAAUUCCGGGCAGGACUCCGGCCCGCCGCCUCCGGGCACACGCCGUCACCUCCUUCCAGCACGUGAUCCCGCCGGCCACGGGGCAGAUCCCGCUCCCCCCACUGCCCCUGGAAACUUUUGUGUUCGUAGCUGUUGACUCUUGUUUUAGUCUCUUUAUAAAAAGAAAGAAAGAAAAAAAAAUUCUAUCUCCACCCUGUCUCAAGCAUUCAGUGCGCGAGGGGCCGGACACUGCUCCCGCCCCACGCGGAGCAGCCGUGGCCUGGCAGCUCUUCCCGACCCCUCUGGAGCAUCCCACUGUGGAAAAAAGCCUUUGGCUUUCUAUCGGGCUGGGGCUGAGCCUGCUGGAAGCAAGGUAGGGGGUGGCAGGGGGAAGCUGCAGCCCCCUCCCAGGCUGGGCAUACUGCAGGUGGUUGUCCUUGGAAAGGAAAACUGGAAAACAAAGAUUCCCGACCUGCAGCUCGUGCCAGGGGUGUCAGGAGGAGGCUGGUGCUUGGGGCUGGAAGCCCCCAAGUGGCUGGAGCACCAGGCUUGGCUUGGUUGGGAACUGAGCCAAAGGCUUUUCCACCCUCCUGGUUUACCUGAAGAAUCCAGUGCCCCUUGGCAGGACCUGCUUUGGGGACCAGCCCCCGCUGUGCCUGUUCCCCUCCCUGCUCCUGGUGCAGGAGCAUUCCCUGUCCUGCUGCCUCCCGGGGGUCCCACAGCCCGGGCUCCCCUGCCCUUGCCUUGCCCAUCUCCUGCCCAAAACUGGAAGGGGUCGAGCCUGUCUGGUGGGAUCAUUCCCAGCUUCCUCUUCCCAGGAGGAGCCACCGGCACUAUGGCUGAUGCCAGUGAGCCCAGCAGGGCUGGCGAUGCCCUGGCACUGCCUGUCCUCGGGCUGUCCCCCCUUCCUCACUUUCUUUUCCUUCCAGCAGUAGCUGCUUUUGCUCAGGGAGCAGGAGUGGGGCCGGCAGGGCUGUUCCUGCCUGGGCUGUUCCCGCCUGUCCCCAGGGCCCCGAGUCCCGCGUUAGGAAGUGCCCAAAGAGCGAGGGAGCUGCUCUGCUAAAGUGCCUUGACAAGGAGCGGGCGGGGGCGGGGGCAGAGCAGGGACUGGAGGUCUGUGGCCCGGGAGGAUCCGGUGGUCCCGGGAGGAUCCGGUGGUCCCGGGAGGAUCCGGUGGCCUGGCUGCUGUGCUGGGGUUUGGCCCUGAGCGGAAUGGGAGCAUCCUGUGGUGUCACGUUGUUGGGUUUGCAGUUUAGGGCAGGAAUUUGGGCUGGAGCAGAGCAGGGUGUCCCAGCUCCCCUCCUGCCCUCAGCAUCCUGAGAUGGUUUUGCUUCCAGGGCCCUGAACCGGCUGCUUCCCUCGGGAGAGACAUGCCCCAGCGGGUGCUCCCCCCGCUUCCCCAUCCCAGCGCUGCUUCCCCAUGUAGCACCUUCCAUCCCUCUCUCCUCUGUGGGAUCCACUGCCCAUCCUGGCCUGGGAGCUGCCCCCACCAGGACCCCCAUUCUCCAGUGGGGAAAUCCCAGAGAAUUGUGUCUUAAAAAAAUCCCCUUUCCCUCUUUCCUCUGCCAAACCUUAGCCUGUGUUUCCCGAAGCAGGCAGAGUCCUGGCUGGGUAGUGGUGGCAGUGGUGAUGGUGACAGUGACAGUGGAAUCCGUUAGGAAUAGUGACAGGAGUGGAGGGGGAAAUGGGGGGACGAUGUAGUUUUGGUUUGGUUUUGGUGGAGAAGGGACAGAGUCUGGCCAUGGGUUGUACCAGAAGUGAUCUGACAGUGCCGGUGGCUUCUCCUGGUGGCUGUCCCCACCUGAGGUCUCCAUCAGUCCCACUCCUGCUGCUGGGAACAGCUGCAAAACCUUGUAAAUAUGUGAAGAAAGGGUGAAAUCAGAACUCUUGGUUUUUGCUGAGCACCUCGGGAUGCUGGGUCCUGGAUCAGAGUGUGUCCCUCGGGUUCUUUUCGUGGAAAGCAUUGAAAUAUGGUUGAUUUUUCCUUUUUUUUUAUUUUUUAUUUUUGUUCCCCCCCUGUUUUGUUUGUGUAAAUACUAGUCUUUUUUGGAAGAAAUAAUGUAAAGAUGUUUUGUAUAAACUCCGAAUUAUUUUCUGGUUGCUUUUUCUUAGAAAAACAAAUGAGAACUUAAAAAAAAAAAGAUGAAAAAAAAAAGAAA